GUACUGCAGCGCCGCUGAAAGCGGCCUCGAAGGCGGCAGCCGCGGGAGGGACCCGGAGAGCAGCUUCCCUGGCGGGGCCGAGGCACGAGAGGGCGAGACCCCGAGUAAACUUUCCAGCGGCUUCGGCCGGGGGCAUCUGCGGCGGCGGCGGCUGCGGGCUCCGUCCCCUGGCAGAUCCCGGCGGGGGAGCGAGUGCCUUGCGCUGGGAAGGUCUGGAGCCCCAGCUGAGAGCGGUGCCACCCUCCUUUGCCCCUGCCACUCUUCGCAGAAAAGAUCUGUUCCAGAACUGAGUGUUGACUGCUGCAGGGACUACGGUGGGGUUUGCUGUGCUCCCAUCUGCAGACAGUGGGUUUCAUGCUUCCUGGUGCUGGAUCCUAAGAAUGAUUUGCAUCUCCUGAAGGUGGGAUUAUAACAUCUUUGGAGAACAGAAAAUUGGCUUCCAUCCCCGAAAGUGGUGAAGGUACAGCAGAUGGUAGCAUGGGCGGCACAGUAGUCAGGUGGCCACCUUCUGCGUCCUGUCCUAGGGAACAGAACCCGUUGUGAGGGUCCAUGUUGAGCUCGGCAAUAGAAGGAUCCAAAAGAGUUGAGUUUCCACAAAGAACAAGACCUUUACCCUCUCAUUUUUGACCUGAACACCGGGGGACGAUGGAUAUCAUAGAGACAGCAAAACUUGAAGAACAUAUGGAAAAUCAGACCAGUGAGCCUGCAAACACGUACGCCAGACCUGCUGAACCGAUUGAAGAAGAAAACAAAAAUGGCAACGGGAAACCCAAGAGCUUAUCCAACGGGUUGCGAAAGGGCACCAAAAAGUACCCGGACUAUAUCCAAAUUGCUAUGCCCACUGACUCAAGGAACAAAUUUCCCCUAGAGUGGUGGAAAACGGGCAUUGCCUUCGUGUACGCUCUUUUCAACCUCGUCCUGACAACCGUCAUGAUCACGGUUGUGCAUGAGCGGGUCCCUCCCAAGGAACUGAGCCCUCCACUCCCAGACAAGUUCUUUGAUUACAUAGACCGGGUGAAAUGGGCAUUUUCUGUAUCAGAAAUAAAUGGGAUUAUAUUAGUUGGAUUAUGGAUUACCCAGUGGCUGUUUCUGAGAUACAAGUCAAUAGUGGGGCGCAGAUUCUUUUUUAUCAUUGGAACUUUAUACCUGUAUCGCUGUAUCACGAUGUACGUCACUACUCUCCCUGUGCCCGGAAUGCAUUUCCAAUGUGCUCCCAAGCUCAAUGGAGACUCUCAGGCAAAAGUACAGCGGAUUCUACGGUUGAUUUCUGGUGGAGGAUUGUCCAUAACUGGAUCACAUAUCUUGUGCGGAGACUUCCUCUUCAGUGGUCACACCGUCGUGCUGACACUAACUUACUUGUUCAUCAAAGAAUAUUCACCUCGCCACUUCUGGUGGUACCACUUAAUCUGCUGGCUGCUGAGCGCCGCUGGGAUCAUCUGCAUUCUUGUGGCGCACGAACACUACACUGUCGAUGUGAUCGUUGCCUAUUACAUCACCACACGGCUCUUUUGGUGGUACCAUUCCAUGGCCAAUGAAAAGAACUUGAAGGUCUCCUCACAGACUAAUUUCCUGUCUCGAGCAUGGUGGUUCCCCAUCUUUUAUUUUUUCGAGAAAAACGUGCAAGGCUCAAUUCCUUGCUGCUUCUCCUGGCCACUCUCCUGGCCUCCUGGCUGCUUUAAAUCAUCUUGCAAGAAGUAUUCACGGGUGCAGAAGAUCGGUGAAGAUAACGAGAAAUCUACCUGAGGAGCAAAAACAAAGGCAUCAGCUCUUAUACCAAAAGAGUUAUCGCUGUAACCAAAGGUAUAGUUUUGUGGUUUUUUUGGUUUUGUUUUUUUUUUUUUUUUUUUUUUUUUUUUUACUUUAAGGAGAACUGCCUGGUACAUGAAGAAGCGGACCAAAUUUUGUGCAAAUGAUUAGAAAGAUGAACGAAGUAUUUCCCUUUGACUGGUUUUGUAUUAUCCUGAGAAAGUUAUAUUUUCCUGCGGCUCUUCAUUCAUUGGUGACAAGCCCUCCAACUGGGAUUUUACUAAUGAGCUUGUUAAAGAGGUGCCAAAGAACAUAUUACUCCUUUCCUCAGUCUCUCUCCACUAAAGCUCUCUACUUCAGAGUUUUUUCAGGAUUUUUUUUUUCUUUCCCUCCAAGGUCAAAAGAAUUUGUUAAUGUUUUAAAUAAAAAUAUCUGGAUGUAUACAGCUACUGUGUAAAUAGAAUCACCUAAUGUGGAGCGUGGUUUUUAGCAGUCGGCUGAUCAGCGAGGGCCGAGACCCACGGGCUGACUGAACGUGGGGUGAACCUUGUUUCUGCCCUGUCGCGGGAAGGUCAGGGUCAGGUCUGGGAACGUGCACUGCUGCUACCACCCAAUGUACUACGUAUCACUUUGACUUUAUUUUUUUUUAACUGAUAAUUGUAUAAUUUAAAAAAAGAAGGUGAACUAAUAUAAAAGUGUUUGACACACCCCACAGAUUUUACACAUGUGUAAAUAUCUCAUUUUAAGGUCUCUAUGACAGAUACACAGGAACCAUGGGGCUGCUUCUAACUAGGGGUCCUGGGGCACACCCUUCUCUGCUCUCUGCCUCGUCAGUUUGCACCUGUACCCCCAGGGCAGUCGACAGUAUGGCACAGGCUGAAAAUACAUGUGUGUGUGUGAACUGACGCUCGUGCCCUUUGGGCAACAAGCCUAUGUUUGGCUCCCAGGUCACUCCCUGUGUAAAGUCUGUUUUCAUGCUUCUAAUUGGAACUCAGAAAUACAAUUGAUCACAUUUCACCAAAAACCAUUUUUUCCUAGUUACAUUCUGCUUUAUGGAAAAACCAAGACGGAGUCUAAAAGUUUAAUACACCCUUGCCUUUUAGCAAGAGCCUCAGCUUCUUAUACACUGGUCCUAAGGACACAUACUGCAAUUGGGUAAGUUUACGUUGACCCUGAAAUUUCACCACGGUGCUGCACUAUAAUCUGGGGUUGGAAUCAGUCUGUUAGGUGGUUAUAGCUGCUCAGUAAAGGGAGAUAAUUGUUUCUAAAGUUCUUUCAGGUGAUGCAAAAAAAAAAGAUGGAUUUUUAAAAAUCCGAUCAGAUUUAGUGCAUUGUUUAAUGCUGUUGAAUCUUUUGGAUAAUUCUUGGCUUAAUUUCUUUGGACUUCUAGUAACCUUAGAAAACUUUUAAGGUUACGAAACCAUCAACACUAUAGUCUGAGGGUGGAGACGCCAGUGAGGGUGGAAGGGAAGCAGUUAUGUUUAUACUGAAGGUGAAAAUUUCCCUCUACUUCGAAUGAAAAAAAAUCCCCAAAUUUGUCAUUAUAAACGAGUCAGCCUUAGUUUGGUACACAAAAUUGACCUUUAAAUUGUUUGAGAGAAGCACAAUACAAAUCUGUUCAGAAGGGUCAUUAUCCUCUGGUGCUAAAAUUCUCCGUCUAUGUUUUCAGUGUGGCUCUUUGUGUGUAAAAGAAACACUAAAGCUUGAAUUCAAAGGCAGGGGAAAAGACGCUAAUCUGGUUAUUUAAAACAAGGAUUGAAGCCCUAAGUAUCCUUGGCAGGCUUUGAAAUGCAAGAAGUUUUUCCAGUAUUUAUUAUUAAGUAAACCAAUAAGAUAUGUUUCCUAUUGGUUUAUAUAGCUUGCCUGAUGGGUUUAGCUAUAAUUCUACCUAUUUUUUGCUUAUUUUCAUUUAUUAAAUAUCGACACGUGAUAGAACAAUGUGUUCUGCUUAACAACAUUGAUUUUUAAAUUCGGCUGCUUCUGAGGCAAAGUAUCUGACCCUGAAACCUGGGUUUUGCUCUCCUAACAGUGGCAUUUUCCUUGAGCCUCUAAUGCAAAUAAAACAACCUGAUAUACCUUAUCCCACUGCAUCUUGAAUAACUUAUCUUCUUCAAAUUAAGUAAGAAAAGGGGUUCAAGAUUUUAGAGUCACGGUGUAUUGAUUGUUGGAGAUCCUUGAAAGCAGUAUAAAUCUUGCAUUUUAGUCAAGUAAUUAAGUUGUGUUUUAUAAAUAAUACCAUCACCUUUUAAAGAACUUUAAAAACAUCUAUGACCCCAUGUGUGGAUACUACUGCUCCGAUGUUCUUUAUACAUACAUGUCUAACAAAUGCUGUGGAAGCAUGUGGUAUGAAAAUAAGGGUGGAAAUAUCAAAGUUUCAAAUGAGGAAAUAAGAGAAAUAAGGAAACCUAUUUAUAUUUAGGAAAGCAAACUUGAGGUUCAACCCAUCGUGCCACUUGGGAUAUAAAACAUAAAUAAUUACUAGACUUACUGUGAUGAUCAUUUCACAAUAUAUGAAAAUAAUAAAUCAUUAUGUUGUACACCUAAAAUUAAUAGAAUGCUAUCUGUCAAUUAUACCUUGAUUUAAAAAAACAACAAACAAUUACAAGCUUGCCUUCUGAAGGAGUAAAUGUUUGGAGCUCCUUUGCUUUGCUAAUUAGGAUACUAGACCUUCUCCAUUCCCCUUGUUUUUGUAAACCAGUGCUCCUGUUCAAAGCUUUUUCUAUGAUUUACUUCUCUGUGCAAUAUCUAUAAUACAUAAUUUCUAUAAUUGAUGCCACAUUUUUUUCUAAAUUCUUUCGAAUGGAAAUGAAUUCCUUUCAGAUUCCAAUUUUUGAGCUCUUCUGCUAGCUCUGAAAAUAGAAAGCAUUCUUCCUCACCUAAAUCCAUCCAAUGUAAUUUUGAAUUUGCUGUUUAAUUGACUGGCAUCUUGGGAAACAAGUUUUGCUAUGGCAGGAGGGCUGUGGUGGAUGAGUGAACCGGAGUUUCUUCUCUAGGUUUAUGGGUGACAUUGCAUAAGGGUCUUUGCUGUAGAGCAGUGCCCCCUUGUGGAAAUAUGCUAUAUGACUUAGAAUGCAAACUUGGCACUUUUUAAAGUGUAUUUGCAAGUUUUUAAAAGGCAUUUGUGUUUGUAUUAUUUUUGCCAAUAACCUGAAAGCAUCACACAAAAGAAAUUAUUUCAAAUGUAUUUUAAACUUUUCCCAGAGGGAAGAUGUGCUUAGAUCACAAGAGGUCGCACUUCUACUCUUUAAUCCACUUGAUGAAAGAAAAUUUGCAGACCCUUUUUUACCUCUCACUAUCACAAUCAUUAAUGUCUCCUUUUGUAACUACCUAUACUUUGUUUACUUUGAAACGCCAAGUUGGCUGUCUUUCUUAUGUUUCUGUUUUUUUUUUUUUAACAUGGCAGAACUCAUACGGUUUCUUUUUAAAUUGAAGGUUCACAUCUUGUUCCUUGAAUAUUUUGAACAUUUCUUUUAAAAUUCUUUUAUAUUAUUGUUUUUGUUUUGCACUGUAAAACUAAUUAAAAAUUUAAGCCGGUCUUAACACACUCACUUCUGUAGUGUAAGGAAGUGUAAGAAGGAAUUCUUAAUAAAUGAGUUUACAUGUUUAAAUCAAGCAUAUUAUAAAUUAAUAUGUCAUGUGUUGAAGGCUUUUCUAUUUGUAUGUAUAAAGGGUCCUGUUUUGUUUUUUAAUGUUUAUCGUGUUGCAAUAAUUUAAUUCCUUUGACUUACUUGCUUAAAAAUAUUUCUUCUAUUAAGAAGUGCUCUUUGGAGUUCCCGUUGUGGCUCGGUGGUUAAUGAACCCUACUAGUAUCCAUAAGGAUGUGGGUUCGAUUCCCUGGCCUUGCUCAGCGGGUUGAGGAUCCGGCGUUGCCAUGAGCUGUGGUGUAGGUCGCAGAUGUGGCUCGGAUCUGGCAUCGCUGUGGCUGUGGUGUGGACCAGUGGCUAUAGCUCCGAUUCGACCCCAACCUGGGAACCUCCGUGUGCCGCGGGUGCGGCCCUAAAAAGACAAAAGACAAAAAAAAAAAAAAAAGUGCUCUUGACGUCAGUACCUAAACACUGAAAAUCAUGUCAAAAGGUACCCAAAGAUAAAUUUUUGUACAGAUACAUACCUUAUAAGUUCUGGUUUAUUUUAUUGCUCAUUAAUCUAACUAUGCUGUGUUCCAAAUAAAUCAUAAAUGAGAAUAGUUCUUUAUUAUAGAAUUAUUUAAAACUAUCCUUUAAAAGAAAAGGAAGAAACUAUAAACAUAUAAGCUAAUCUAGUUGCCAAGUUGGAGUUAAUUAUUUAAUUUACCUCCUAUGCAAUGAUUAAUGCUGCAAAAUGUAUGGCUAUGUUAUAGUAUAUUCACAAAAGAAAUAUUAUAAGGUUUGAGAGGUAGCCAAUUGCAUUCUUUGGGAAAUUUACUGUACUGUUUCAAUGUGUUAAGUGCCUUGUUGUAAAGGAAAAUUUUAAGUCUAGAAUUCAUUAUUUUCUUGACAUAUAUUUUUCAUUAUGAUAUAUACUGUAUAUUAUUAUAGUCGUUUUAUUAAAUGCUUCGUUUUAAUUACAUAUGUAAAUUUCAGAAGCUCUUUUCUCCUACCCACCAGUACCUUAAUCAUUGGUCUAUCAUAUGGGAUUCGAAUUCAGGUUCUUUUUUUACAAAGAGGAAAUUCUCUUAGUUUAGAAAUAUGCUGUCCAUGUUUGUGCUUUUGUGUUUGUAAAAACAUUUCUGGAGGAAUUUAGGAGUGAAACUAUAGUUUGUACUUCAAAAAUGCCAUUUUACAUUUACAUUUUAAGUGCCUAAUUGUUAGUUAAAACUGAUUUAUGUUUCUAUUCUAAAGAGUAUGUCAACAUGGUUUCUAAUCUUUGUCUUUGCUUUAAAAAAAGAUAAAAAGCAAGAGCCUAUACUUUGUAUUUACCCAAUAAACCACCAUGACAUCAAGUCUUUUCAAA